AUGCGCAUAUUUCUUGUGGGACAAGGAAUUCGACAUUUAUUUGCUCCACCAUAUGAUAAAGUUCUAGUCGGCCAGAGUUUUGGUGAUGCAUUUGCGCUUAUUCGACCCGAUAUUCCACUUCAAUAUCAAAAGAUCCUUUCUUAUGGAAGUCAUAUUGUGAUUGUUAUUGAAAGUAAACAUCCUCUACGUGCGGAUAUCGGCAGACAAAAUGAGGAAAUACGAUCGACUGUUCGUUUCAAAGGUCAAAUGAAACUAAUUACAAAUUGGAAUAUGAUCGUAUUUCUAUGUCAUCCAGUGUACGUCUACUGGAUUUAUACUAUUUCGUGAUUAUUAUCCAUUUGAAAGCAGAAUGUCGAAAAACAACGCUAAUUGUAUUUGUACAUCUGUUGUCUAAAACAUCGAUAAUUGACAAACAAAUUCUACGUACUAUUUAAGAACCAUUAAAGAUAAGUCACGACCUUACGUGCACAAUCGGCCAUGUCAGAUUUCUUCCAACAUAGUGGACUUCUUUAAAGCAAACAUUUUCAUGAAUU